UGUGUGACCAUCUGGAACCUCCUCUCCUUCAAGAACCCGUUGGGGUGUCUCAGGUCUAGGAUGGGGCGAAGGCCACCAUCUUUUUUUGGCACCAGAUAGUAUCUCAAGUAGAACCCCUCUUGUGAGAGGUGCGUUCUACGAGACUGGUGGCUUGUUUUUGAAGUAGUGUAUCUACUUCUUGCCUGAGAGCUAAGACCUGGAGAGGGUCGCUCAAGGAUUUAACGGUGAUCCCUUGAAAGGGAGGAGGUCCCCCGCAGAAUAACAGCUCGUAACUGGUUUGUACAGUAGCGAGACCCAGGAGACAGGCUGGAAGGCAGGUGCAGAAGGGGGGAGGGUCGGGCUCCCAAAGCUGCAGAGGGCUCAGCUGGGUUGGCUGAUGAAGCCGCUUCUGUGAAUUCUGUCAGUCUUCUGAGUGGGGUCCGAGGCUGGGACGCUGCACAAAUCAAGUAGAACGUCUUGUCGCUUAAAGCAGAGGAGGCAUGCUGCAUUCCCAAGCACUUAACACACAAGCAUCCCUCCACAGGACGUGCAAGGGUGGAACUUAAGCUGGGUCCACACCUGAGCGAUCAGUUGCGCAACUUAGUUGCAUGCAACAGAGUCGCUUAUAUGUGGACGUUCCAGCAACCAGUUACGAGCAGUUGCACAACCAGUUGCUUGAAGUAGAGCCAGGCUCUACUUUCCAAGCAACCUCCUGAGCAACUUCAACUCAGUUGUCAAAACCAAAAAAAAACUACUUCACCUUGUAGAUGGAAUAAAAAUGUAAAAAAACCCUGUCACAUCAGUUAUCAUAAUGCAGAGGGUGUCUGUGUACCGAAGGUGCCGAAGCACAGAGGCGAUGAGGCUCUAAACAACGAGGGUGUCGAAACACCGAUGCACCGACGCUCUGAGGCACCAAAGCACCGAGUGUAUCGACUCCGAGACCGCUAUACACUGAGGGCACCGAGGGCGGCAAUGCAGGGAGCGAUUAAGCACAGAGGGUGCCGAAGCACAGAGGUACCGCUGCUCUGAGGCACCGAGACACAGAGAGCACUGAAGCACUGAUGCACUGAGGCCCCCAAAGGUACCAAGGGCACUGAAGGCAGCAAGCACCAGGGGCAUAAGCACCGAUGUUGCUGGGACGGUGUCUAGUCUGGGCCGCGUGCAGUCACACAAUUGAUGCAGCGCGCAGCUUGCACCGGUGUGGAGCACUGCCUACAGACAGUAUAAUCCUGGCCCGUGAGUCACACAACUGGGGCAGCGCAAAGCUUACAGCGCCAUGGAGCACGGCUACAGGACUAUAAACAAAAGAGAGGGACAGAAAAGGUCUACUUUUUUUAACAAAAAAACAACACACACACAGAGCAGAGAUGUAGGUACGGUAACCACAUUUAUUUACUUAUUUAUUUUUUUGGACGCCCACACCGAGUGGGCGGGCAAGGUCUGUCCAGCGGCGUCGAGUCAACAGCGGGUGCGACAGAGCCGGGCCCCGAUGGAGGAAGCGUCUCUCUUUUUUCUCUUUUUUUUGUGGGCAAAAGGCAGGAAAAACACAAACAGCAGGUGCUGUAGGUUAGAAACACAAGCAAGCGAUGAAGGCUGUUGAAUAAGAAGAAGAAUUUUUUUUUUUUUUUAAAUGGCGCGCAGUUGCACAGCUCAGUCCUCAGAAGCCGAGUUUCUGGGAAGUGGCAAGCUGACUUCCAGCAAUUUUUGAUGUGGAAUUAGCAGAAAAACUCGAAGUGAGAGCUCUUUUUUCAAAAGAAAAGAAAUCACACAACUGGAGAGGUUAGUGUAUACCUACCUUACCUACCUGAUUGUGAGAAGCAAAAGAGAACGCGAUCUCCACGGAGUGAAUACUUAAUCCCUCGACAGGCAGGACCGAGGACGUCACUCUACGGAGGGGCCUAUUGGCAGCUUUGACAUAAAAUGCUCAAUAAAUACCUGACCUGUGGCAGGCAUUUCCCAAAAGUAUUGUUGUUGAUCGUCUUCGAAUUGAAAGGGAACCUAUGUAUUUAGUGGUGAUGUAGGUUGUGGCUGCAUAGGAUGAACUGGGUGUUUGCUGUUGCCAUGAUGUCAUGCUGCCUUCUGAGUGAAAGAUUUUUAAUUAUCCGAAUGCAAAUUAUCACUUUUAUAUUUAUUUAUCUAGGAUACAUUUUAUUGCUAUUCUAAAUGAUAUGUUUUUGUAUCUUUGUAUUUUAUUUAUUUGAAAAAGCUGUUUCAUGUCUAUGAAUGUUUUGUAUGUUGUGUAAAGCACUAUGAGAUGCCUUUGUUGGUGUGAAGGGCACUAUAGAAGUAAAGUCUGAUUUGAUUUAUGACAUGUUUUCAAGCACAAUGCUUCUCUCGGUUCAGCUUUUUAAGGUAACAAAAUCUGGUUUCUAUGCUUCAGUUUGUUACACUGAAAUACCCCUUUAAAGAAGUAUCACUUCCACUAAGUGGCUUUGUAACUUUGGAGUUUGUUCUGUGUUCUCUGUAAAUACCUCUUCUCCUUUAUUGUACUUUUGCGUUUUCGUUUUCCCAGGUAAUGUAUUGUAUUACCUGCAAUAUACUUAAAAGCCAAUUAGUGACACAACACCUUUGCUGUUAUACUGUGCAAAUACUAUACUACAUUCUAAAUGACUGUAUCUGCUGGCAGGCACUUUGCUGAACAUGGUGCCCCAGUGGAUCACAUUAUGAAGCAUCCAGGAAACAUCAUUCUUCUUGAGCAUUCCUGUGACGUGAUGAAUCUCUGAUUCCUUUUCCACUGAUGUUGAGGGGCAUCCAGCCUGUUCCACUGGACAACACACUGUUUCUGAUGGAUUAUUUUAACAGCAUCUCUUGUACUUACUGUAUCCCGCAAGUGCAACAUUCACAUAAUCAACACAUUUUCUGCUGUGCCUUGCAAGCACUCUAUCUACUUUCUAACCAACCUGCGUAUUAUGAAGAUCGGGGGGCCACUGUUCCAAAAGGAAAGACUAUAAAAGCAAAUCAGUCAGGACAACUGUGCUUUAAAAACAAGAUUUGAAUUACAGAAUACACUUGACAACAGGUAGCACAGAAUUUGAACUUGCAUGGUUUUGCCUCUUGGCCUCGCCACUCUAGACUCUCCGUGCUGCUUGGAAACUCAAAGAGGAAAUACAACGUUGUGGUUUUGAACUUUACAACCUGUUUUUUGACAGUUUGACCACUGGAAUCUAUUAACGUCACCUUUCACUUCCUAUUUGAACAGACCAGUUUAAAGACCUCAACCCUCACUGCUGAGCACAGUUCUCACUGCGAAAACAGUUCUUAAGUUUAAGGGAUGCUAUGUGAGUGUGUUCUUUGGGCUAUCCCUUACAGGGAUAACUUUGAAAAAGAUGACCUGCAGUUUCCAAAGAGUCCAGUACCAGAUGAGGAAAACAUCAGAUGUGAGAUGACGUCUGUCUGUAACUUUACAGCUGGGGAGUUUCAAAGCAAGACCCUUCUUGAAAGAUGCAGGAGCGUAGGCCACUUCAUUCAGUCUGGUCGGUCCAGGGACAAGCGACAAUCCAGGAAAAGUGCCUCCACUGAUGUCAGUGAGGCCAAACAAUGCACUAGGCAGAUUUCCCCAGUUGUUGAUAUCCCUGGCAUAGCAGGGGGCACUAGCAAAGAGACAUACCUGGUUCCUUCUUCAUGCCAGAGCAUUUGCAAAGACUAUAAUGAUCUGCACAUCGCCGGGGAUCAGGUGAUGCCUAUUAGCUUGGCCGCUGCUGACUUGACUAUUGACAGCGGCUUUGUGUAUGCAGAGGGUCCCUUCCUGCAGUCUUGUCAGAUCCCUCCUGACAUGGAGACCCCCAGACCUUCCCUUGAGUACACACGGAGGCCUCCGCGGGGAGACUCCUCCUGCUGGCGGGUGGGCAGCAUCAAGGACAAGAGCAUUCUCCAGCACUGCCACCCGCUUUCCAACUCCAUGCUGAACAACUACCUGGAGCAGAAGAUCAUGGAGCUCUACAAGCAGUACAUGGUGGACAGCAUGCUCAACAGCAACUCCCCGACCAAGAUCAUGGCCUCGGAGCUCAUCCUCACCAAUGUGGACCAGAUCACCCAGCAGAUCUCACGGGAGCAGAACAUGGAAACCAACAAAGCCAAAGACAUGGUCAUCAGUUGCUUGCUCAAGGUGGCCAGCGGGAUGCAAUCGAGUGAACUCAGCACCCCUCAGUUACAGAUUUCCAGUGACCACAGCCUGAAGUGAAAUGGGAUUUGUGUGUACACUACACCAAGAUCAUUAAUGUACUUGGAGUUCAAGUGGACUUAAAAGCAUCUCAAUAACAAUCCUAAAAACCACUCUAUUUAUAUAUUUUUAAAAACACAAAAUGUUUCCAAAAUAAUAUUAAAGAUAUGUAAUAUAA